CAGUCAAAUUAGACAGCUUUUGAACUUCAAUUCGUACGGACGUGUGGUACGCUUAACUAGAAAAAAAUCUGAUUAAAAUACAAAGUUUUAAGAAAUAUUUUUUUUUUACAAAAAGUGUUUUAAUUGAUAUCACAAGUGAAGUAAAAAAUAAGAAAAGGCAUAAAAUAAUAGCACAUUUACUAUAGCCAGACAACGAAUAUAUAAAGAAAAUAAUUGUUUUUUAUAUAAAAAAAUGCGGAAAGUUAUCUGUAAAAAAUAUCGCAUAUAAUAUUUCAAAUGAAAAAAUUAGAAUAAAAAAAAAUUCAUAAAAAGUACAAAAAAAAAAUUCCAAGUGGAGUUCAGUCGAAUCGUGUGUAGUGGAAUUUAUUUUUCUCGUUAUAUUUUUUUGUUGUUUUUCUUUUAACGAAUUCUAAACGUCAGCGCUAGAUGAGUGCCAACGUCAACGUCGCCGUUUAACCGUAUGAUACUGUGUUUGAAUGUGUGUAUCUGAAUGUUUUGUACUUGUGUGUGUGUAAUUAAUUGAAAAACAUCAGUGGUAUAAGAAGAAAAAAAAAUAAGCAAAAAAGAAUCGAAAUUAAAAGAAUACAAAAUUAAGGCAGAGUGGGAGCGGUGACGGUUAUUAUUUAUUUACCCUCCGCCGCACGAAAAAACCCGUCAUAAUUUCCUUUUAAUUUUUGGGUCUGAGUGUUUGUUUUGUGUAGCAAAGUGGAAUUUUUUGUUGUUAAUGUUGAUAUGUUGUCAUUACUAUAUAUUAUUUAUUAUUCUCUUUCCUCAUUCUCUUGUUUACUAAAUAUAAAAUGAAAUUCCUUCUACUGCUAAAAAAUAACUAUGAUGAAAAAUAACUGAAAUUUAUUAAUUCAUCUUUAAAUUUUUGACGUUUGUAAAAUUUUUAAUCUUUAACUCUCACACACCGACAGAGAAAAAGUGAAUAUAAUAUAAACAAAAACAACAAGUGCAAAAAAACGACUGAAAUAGAAACUUGAAAGGUGUUUUUUUUCACCACCACAACAAAUAAAAGUAACAAAAAGGAACGAUAACAACAACAAAACAACAAUACAGAAUAAAUUAUCAACAAAAAGAAAAAAAUAAACAAUUUUCAUUAUAGGAUUAAAAAAUGACUUCACCGGAAGAGCGAAUAUCAGCACAUGAUCUCUCCCGCGAUUCUGGUACUAAUGAAAGAUUGCACAUAACACCAGGUACUUUGGAUUUCAGUCGUAUACAAGCUCCUCCAUCAACAGAUUUGGAUCAACAAAUAUUAGAGUUGAAAAAGACACAAGAAUUACAGAAACAAAUGUUGCUUCAUACAUUUCAAGAAAAAUCAAAACAAUUGGAAUUACAACAUAAAUUACAAUUGGAACAUAAAUUUCAUUAUGCAGUGCACACACAUGGCGCUUAUCAGGAAUUACAAGAACAAAGAAUCAUUUCAGCUGCUGUGGAAGAUCAGCAGCAAAGAGAAAGACGAGAAAGGGAAGCCAUUGUCAAACGUAAAGAGAACAGUGCAAAUGCUAGUCCAGAAGUGAAACAAAUAUUAAAUUGUUUUAUAUUAAAUCGUAAACAAGCCGCCUCCUCUCCAAAUGGCAUGCAAACAACAUCACCUUAUCGCAAUAGAAGCGUUGUUAAAAGUUCAUCUGGUGAAUCACUACCAACUGGAGCAGUUACCAGUUCUCAUCCAUAUAAAAUACCACAACCACCUCCAUCUUCGUUACUCAAAUAUGAAUCAGACUUUCCCUUGCGAAAAACCGCAUCCGAACCAAAUUUACUAAAGAUGCGCUUAAAACUAAGUGUCAUUGAACGUAAAGCUCGAAUCAGUGGACCGGCUGGUAUAAGAAGACAUGAACGCCUUUUACAAGCUGCCCAAAGAAGACAACAAAAACAAAAUUCAACUUUAACAAAUUGUAGUAGUACACCUGAUUCUGGUCCAAAUUCUCCACCAUCAUCUAGUUUAACGGGAGCUGGCUCAGGUGUUGGUCCCAAUCGUGGCUCGCCUACGAGUGCACCUAUACAAGAAGAAAAUGAAGAUGGCAGUCAGUAUCAACCGGGCCAACGAAGCAGCAUCAACGACUUGUCAUUAUUUAGUUCACCAUCCAUGCCAAAUAUAUCAUUAGGCCGUCCUCAUUUACAGAAUGCUCAUAAUUCCGCCGCUCAUAAUUACGCCAUGUUGGCUGCAUUGCGACAACAUGUUGCAAGUGGUGGUGGCGCUAGUAUGCCACCUGUUCCCGGCUCAACUGGUCCGCCGACGUAUUAUAAUCCUUUAGCAGUACCAUUUGGCAGACAAGUUGUUCCUCCACCUAGUCCUAUGAUACCACCAACAGCUAAUUCAGCUGUGGCGGGAGCAGCACCUCCGCAGUCACCGGUUGUGCGAUCUGCUUCAGCUACAUCAACAUCUUCAUCACAGGCUUCGUUAGUCGGAGACGUAGCACCACCGCAAGCACAUGCAGCUUCUACUGGAACCACAGCUCUAAUGCAUGUUGCCUCUACCGGCGGUAUACAUGCUGUAGCACAUUCUCCACAAUCGUCCUCCACAAUGUACGGACAACCAAUUACGGAUGCUCAGGUUGCCCAAGCUCAUCUUAACAAACAGGGUCAUCGGCCAUUGGGCAGAACACAGUCAGCACCAUUACCCUUAGGUCACCCAAUGUUGACAGGCAGCAGCCAGUUAAAUAUCACACCAACUCAUUAUGAAAACAGUGAUGCCGAACGACAAGCUUACGAACAACAUUUAUUAUUAACCCAAAAAAUACGUCAAACUGUACUCACUCGUAGCGGAGCUGUACGUGAUACUCAAUUGAAAGAAGAAGAAGAUGAUGCCGCCGAAGUAAUGGAUCUCACCGAUAAAAAGAAACCUCCAAAAACAGUGUUAACUAGUACAGUCAUUACGAGUACCUCACAAAAUCUACCCAAUGCAACAGCGGUGGUAGCGCCCGUUCCCGUACCCUAUGCCGCCGGCCCACCUCCAGUGUGCAUACCAAAUAAACCGAAUAAAUUAAUGCGUAGCAAAGAGUACCUACAACAACAACGUGAAUUGCUCUAUAUGCAAUCUCUACAAAUGGAUGAUGCUGUUGCUAGAGGGCUGAUUCGGCCCUUAUCACGAACUCUUUCGUCGCCAUUGGUUCAUUUAGGUCCUCAUGGUCUAAGUCAAAUUCCCGAUACCGGUCAGUCCACCCAUAUUCCUCAUGCAGGUCCCAUAGUUACAUCAUCAUCAGCAGAUCAUAUACCACCAGUAAAUUUAGCCAUACAUGGUCAUGGACGACAACACCUUAUGGAUUUGUCUAUCCGACAUGCUCAGUUAACCACCGAUCAACUGCAGCAGCAGCAACAACAACAACAGCAGGUACCACCUCCAGCAUCAAGUAAUAAUUUAUCACCGUCGCAUAAAAUUACCACAGGGUUAGCCUACGACAAUUUAAUGUUAAAACAUGUUUGCAUAUGUGGCAAUAAUGGUCUUCAUCCGGAGCACAGUGGACGUUUACAGAGCGUAUGGGCUCGUUUAAAUGAAACGGACUUGGCUAAGCGUUGCCAUCGUUUAAGAUCUCCAAAAGCUACUCUCGAAGAAAUACAAUCGGUACAUACGGAAGCUCAUGCCAUGCUAUUCGGUUCAAGUCAAUGUCAAUUGGCUGCCAACCGACAAAAAUUGGAAGCAGCUGCCCCCUCAGCUAGUUUUGUACGACUGUCAUGCGGUGGUGUAGGAGUUGACUUGGACACCACAUGGAAUGAACAUCAUACGGCAUUGGCAGCAAGAAUGGCAGCUGGCUGUGUCAUCGAUUUGGCAAUGAAAACAGCCAAGGGUGACCUAAAGAAUGGCUUUGCAGUGGUACGACCUCCCGGACAUCAUGCCGAAGCAAAUUUGGCCAUGGGCUUUUGUUUCUUUAAUUCCAUAGCGAUAGCAGCUAAACUACUAAGUCAGCGUUUACCCGAAAUGAAGAGGAUUCUAAUUGUCGAUUGGGAUGUUCAUCAUGGCAACGGUACACAGCAGGUUUUUUAUAAUAAUUCAGAUAUUUUAUAUCUAUCCAUACAUCGACAUGAUGAUGGCAAUUUCUUUCCCGGCACUGGUGGACCCACAGAGUGUGGAAAUGGCCCUGGUUUAGGCUAUAAUGUUAACAUUUCAUGGUCCGGUGCUUUAAAUCCACCCUUGGGCGAUGCCGAAUAUAUUGCUGCAUUCCGUACUAUUGUGAUGCCUAUUGCUCGUUAUUUUAAUCCUGAUAUUGUUUUAGUUUCGGCUGGUUUCGAUGCUGCAUCAGGUCAUCCCGCACCUUUAGGUGGUUAUCUUGUAUCGCCAGCUUGUUUUGGUUACAUGACACGCGAAUUAAUGCAUCUGGCCAAUGGUAAAGUUGUAUUGGCCCUUGAAGGUGGUUACGAUCUGCCAGCUAUAUGUGAUUCAGCACAAGAAUGCGUAAGAGCAUUACUUGGCGAUCCUUUGUCAGCAAUACCUGAAAGUGAACUAAAUCGUCCUCCAUGUCAAAAUGCAAUUGAUACCUUACAAAAAACCAUAGCUAUACAGUCUCAACAUUGGCCUUGUGUUAGACGUUUGGCUCAUACUGUGGGCAUGUCGGCGUUAGAAGCUUUAAAAAUUGAACACGACGAGUCAGAUACUGUGACAGCUAUGGCUGGACUAUCAAUGCAGUCAAUGAACAAAACUCUUUCUUGUGAUGAGUCAGAGGAACCUAUGGAUCAAGAUGAAACAAAAUAGAAAAUAUUCUAUUGAACAUAAAUUUGAAUUUGUUUUUGGAUUGGUUGAAAGGCAGUUUACAGUUUAGCACCAAUGAAAAAAAAAAGAAAAAAACUGCCAUAAUUUUUUUUGGUCAAAGCAUUACCAAAGCUUUGAAAACAAUCUUUCCACUUGAGGAUUGUUUUUAGUAAUAAUAGUUGUAGUUUAAAAUACACAAACAAACACUCACACACAAAUGUUGGCUUUUGGUGAGCAUGACAGUUAGUGGGCUCCCAUAACAGUCGCACCUUCAUAUGAUGAUUUUAGAACUGCAUAUAUUUUUUAUGCGGCAUUUAUGUGGUUUAUUUGUAAUGUACUAUUUUUUUAAAAUAAUAUUCUCACUAAGUAUAAACACAAAAAAAGAAAACUUGAAAUUAGCUUUGUUACUGUUGUUAACAAACAAUAUACAUACAUACAUAUGUAUGUAUAUGUACAUUAAGAAGCAAACAAAAAUUAACAUUUCAUGAGAGAGAUCCUUUGUAAAUCCUCGUUAAAAUAUUUUUGCUAGAAAAAAAAAAGAAGAAAAUAGUUAAUCAUUUUAAUUUGUUUUAAGUAAAACGAAAUUUGUUAGAAAUUGUAAGUGGCUGUGCCACUUAAGUUUUAUUUUUCUGUUUUUAGUGUUAAUUUAAUGUUUAUUGUGCAUUUAAAUUUAAUUUAAAUGCUUUAAUUAUAGAUUUUAUUUUUGUUCUUCUCUGCUAUUAAGUAAUAUUUUUUUAAUUAAUUUAAUUUUAAACAUAUGUAUAACAAAAAAGCAAAAUGGAAAACGAAUACAAAGUUAUUCAAUCUAAUUGAAUUUCUGUUAAUUACUAAAAUAAUUUAAUUUUAUCUAUACAUAGUUAGUUUAGAGCAAAGAAACAAUUUUUAUGUGCAAGAUUUAUUUAUUUUAAUUUUUUAUAUACAUAUGCCUAUGCCUAUAUACAAUGUAAACGUAUAAUCUUUUAAUAUUAAUGUAGUUAAAUUUUAUUAAUUUUUUUUUAUAUAACUGAAGGGCUUAGUGCAAUAACUUGAUAAGCCACAAAAUCAAAAUAUUAUUUUAAAUAAAUUGAUUAGAAAUUAAUGAACAUACAUACUUUUAAAAUCAGAUUUCGAACCCGUAUGGCAUAUCAUGUUUUUGCAGCAAGCUUUCAAUUGUUUUUAAUUUUAAAUUGUAAUUUUUCUUUUGUAUUUUAUUUUUUUGUUUGUAAUUUAAUUUAGACAACAUGACAUUAUUUAAGUGGAUUUAAUUUACUUUAAAUGUAUACAUACAAAUUUAAACAAAUUAAGUAAAUAAUAUUAUUUAUUGUUGUUAACGAAACUGAGAAAAAAAAAAACUAGAAUUGACCUAAUCAGAGAAAAUAAAAUCUAUGUAUAUUUUGUGUAAAGAGUAUACAAAAUUGUUAAACAAAAUAAAAGAGGAAUAAAUUUAUUAAUCAACAUUUAUGUUGGCUCCUACCUUAAA